UUACUUUAUUCUAGUGCUUUUAGAGAGUUCAGUUUUGCAAGUGAAUAUAACAUUUUAAUUUUAUAAUUCUUCUAAUGAUUUAUACUAAUAUUUUAAAAUUUUUACCUUUUUAAGUUAUACAGUGCAUCAGUUAGCACCAUUACUGUGUUGCACUGAGAAAAACAAAUUCACCUACAUUCAGUCUACCCAUUGAUAGGCUGUAACAUGCUAGCUAAAGUGUGCUUAGGGGGUCUGCGAAUUUGGAAGAAGUCAUUGUUAAGUGCAUAGACAUACUUAAAUCAUUGUUCUGUACUUAAAUCAUUCAGUGUUCUGAAGUAGUAAAAAUUCAGCAACUCUCAAGGUUUUGAAAAAUUAAUUUUGGUUUGAAAAUGAAAUAUUAAGGGCCUGCAAUCAGUCCAAGAUACAUUCUGCCUAAUAUUAACCCAAAGACAGUAUUUACUGGAGGGUGGGGUUCCAAGGCUGGUGUAUCUAUUGUAUUGGGGGGAAAAUCAUUAGUGAUAUACUCCAUGUGUUUCUUACAGUCAUUGUGUUCUCUUAGAUAUAUGUGACUCUCUUGAUUUGUGAACUUACCUGUAGUCAUACGGAACAUUUUAACUACAUUUAUCUUGUACCACCUCUUAUGAACUUUUGACUAAUGUAUACAAUUUAUUUUUCAUGUUGUCUUGUCUUUGGUGAACAAGUCCAUGAUCUCAUUUGUUAUUUCCUUUCUAUGAUCAGAACUCCUUAACAGUUUGAUAAUAAUGGGGGUCUUCAACUGUGCCUUGUGGAACCCCAAGAUUCAAAAAGCAUUGAACUAGUUGAUCAUGCACUUUGCUGCAGUGCUUUCCAAGAUUGUGGCCACUCCCAAUUCCCCAAACCAUGAGCCAAGAAGAUUCUCGAUGCAGAGGCUUGUAUAGUUGCUCUUCACUCCCACUGAGAGCAUCUUUUUCCCAUCAAUUUUCCUAUGUAACUCAUGAAGACAUCUGUAAUUGCUUUAAUGGUGAUACACUUUUGGCCAUUCAAGCACCUUCUGGUACACAGCUGGAGGUACCUAUUCCAGAAAUGUUUUCAGAUUCAAAUUUCCUGAAACAAACUGAUUUGAAAACUAUAACAAUCAAAAAAGAGGGUCAGAAUGGACAAAAGAAAUACCAGAUCAAUCUAAAGAGUCAUUCAGGACCUAUCCACGUGCUGCUUAUAAAUAAAGAGUCCAGCUCCUCUAAGCCCGUGGUUUUUCCUGUUCCCCCACCUGAUGACCUCACACAGCCUUCCUCUCAGCCCUCAACUCCAGUGCCUCCACAGAAAUCCAACACGGCAACUCAGAACCUGCCUGAGCAGCAUGUCUCCGAAAGAAGCCAGAAUCUUCAGCAGACUCCAGCCACAGACUUAUCUUCAGGAUCUAUUAGUGGAGAUAUCAUUGAUGAGUUAAUGUCUUCUGAUGUGUUUCCGCUUUUACGGCUUUCUCCGACCCCGGCAGAUGACUACAACUUUAAUUUAGAUGAUAAUGAAGGAGUUUGUGAUCUGUUUGAUGUCCAGAUACUAAAUUAUUAGAUUCCAUGGAAACUUGGGACUGUUAUCUACCUCUAACUGUGUAACAUUUUAGACGUCUUAAUAACCUAAGUAUUUAAAAUAAUGAAUGUAACACCUUUUUAGUUCACUGAUUCUGAAAUGUUCUUCCCUAAUACUUUCUUUUUUACUUCACAAAACUUCAACCAUAAGAACAAAGGAUUCUGAUUGCUUCAGGGGAAAAAGUGAUUUCAUAUCCACCAACUCCCUACCCUCAAGUAAUUACAUUCUGGAAUUUCAACUUUUCCUCCCAUUCUGAAUCCUUCUGUUUUUUUCCUUAUAUGAGAGGAACGUUAAAGUAGACUUAAGGUCAUCAAAAACAAAAAAGUUGGCCAAGGGCUCAUCAUUUGUUUGUCUUACAUUUUUACUGCCACGAGACUGUCCAUAUUUCUGUGUAUCCUCUGAUCCAGACAUUCACUGCCACUUAUAAAGUGAAGGGUGUAAACUAGGAUAUAUUAACUGUUUCAGUGAACAGAUUUUGUGAAGUGCCUUCUGUUUUAGCACUUUAAGUUUAUCACAUUUUGUUGACUUCUGACAUUCCACUUUCCUAGGUUAUAGGAAAGAUCUGUUUAUGUAGUUUGUUUUUAAAAUGUGCCAAUGCCUGUACAUUAACAAGAUUUUUUAAAAUAAAAUUGUAUAAAACAUUU